UGAAAACCGUAAAACUCAAAAAUGUAUAAUACACAUAAUAUACAACACGCAUAAUGCGAACGCGAUACAGUGUAUAUAUACAUAUAUGUAUCCAACAGGGACGACGACGACGUGAUGGCCGCACAAUGACCGCCGCCGCUGCCGCGACUUAGAUCACCUGAUGUAUAUUAUGAGCCUAGGCUACUGGAGGAAGAAUUGGAGAAAAAUAAAAUAGAACUUGACGAAUUUAAAUAUAAAUGUAAGGAACUCGAAGAUGAAGUUCGAGUGUUAAAAAAAGAAAGAAUUAUCAUCGAAAAAGAAAAUAAUAGAUUAAUUAAAUUUACCAAAGAAGCAGCUAAAAUGACAGGUUAUCAAAGAGAGAUAAUUGAAUUAAAUAAAUAUAAUCACGAAUUAUUUAUGGCUAACAAAAAAUUAUCAUAUGAAUUAAGAAUCAUGACCGAAAAAAAAGAAGAAGUGAUAAAAAGUGUAUCUAAAGAAACUGUAGUAAACGAUAAAAGUUUAAUAGUUAUAAAAAAUCUAGAAAAAGUUAUCAGGAAAUUAACGCGUACAGAAAAAAAAGCUAUUGAGGAUAAAAAAGAAAUUGUAGCUAACGAUAAUAAAAUAAAAACUCAUAUAAAAAAUCUCGAAAAAGAGAUUGAAGGAUAUAAAAAACAAAUACAUCAUCAUGCAAGCGAACAACGAUGCAAAGAUAUAAAAAAUAAACAAUUAGAAAGAGAAAUUCGAAAAUUAAUGCUUGAUUUGGAAAAGGCUUUAAUAAGGUCCGAAGAUACUGGAAAAAUGGCUAAAAGUUUCGAUGAAGCAAUAAGAAUUAAGAAUAUAGAGGUGUCAGAAGCAAAAGCUAAAUAUGUAAGGACAGUAUUUGAAAAAAAAGAAAUGCAAAAAGAAAUAGAUCAAUUAAUAAAUGAAGCAAAAAUGAAAGAAUAUGAUAUACAUGAACUGGAAGCAUUAAAGCAUAAACUAGAUGUACAUUUAGAUAAGCUAUUAGUAGAGAGAGAAGAGAAAAAGAAAUUAUUAGAACAAGUUGACAUAUUGAGGAAACAAAAAACAAGGUUUAUAUAUACAGGACACGAUACGACAAUAUUAUUAGGAAAAGUAAGAGACAGCCUUGCUAAAGAAGAAAAAUGUCGAGAAGAUAUUGGUAUGCUUGAUUGUCCUUUCUUCCAGUUAAGUAAAGAUCUAGUCGUAAAGGAAGAUAAAAAAAACAAGGGAAAGGAACCGGAAAUUAAAUGCGGUUCAUUAACAGAAAGAAACUACAAAAACAAAAUAAUUGUUUUUGAACACAAGAUCAACAAAUUUGUAAAAGACUGCAAAAACAAAUAUGAUACUGAUCUAAGGUUGUAUAAAGAAUCCGUGAAUAAGUUAAUUUAUGAUAAAAACAUACUUGAAAAUAAAUUAGAAAUGGCAACCAAAAUGAUUGAAGAUCAAGACUUAGAAAAUCGUUUUGAUAAAAUAGACAUUAGUCUUAAAGGUUCAACAAUUAAAAAACUUAAGGUGGUUGUCGAUGAUACUAAUACAAAAUAUAAUACAAAAACUACAUUAUGCAGAUUUAUGAGAAAAAGAUACUAUGAAACAUUGGUUAAAAAAGAAUGUGUGAUAAAAGAAACUGAGAGAAAAGAUAAAAUUAUACACAUUGCGGGGGAAAGAUACGCAGAACUUCGUAAUGAAAAAUAUGCAUUAGAACAAGACAAAAAAGAUUUUGAAACACAAUUAUCUUAUAAUAAACAUUUUGAAAAAAUACAUCAAGCUGAAUUAGACAGUCUAAGAAUUUCUAUUGAAGGGUUUCAAAAAAAAAUCUAUAAAUUAGAAGAAAAAUUAAACACUACUAAUGAAAACAACGAUGAAUUGAAAAAAUUAAAUGAACAAAUUCGGGACCAACAUGUAUAUGAUCGAAAAAUACAUUUAGAAGAUAUGAGAGAGGCAGAACGUCAAAUACAAAUACUGUCAAUUGAAAAUAAAAAAUUAGCAUUAAAAAACAAAUUAUUUUCGAAAAAGAAGGACAAUUAUAAUAAGUCCAAUCUAUUAAAAACUAAAUUGAUGACUGAUAAGGAAUUGGUUUAUCAUCAAAAUCAGAUUAAAGCAAUGAAGUUGAAAAAAGAAAACAAUUUUAAUAAUGAGCGCCUAUAUGAGACUUUAUGCCCAGAAUUAAUACAAAAACGAAUUAAAGAGCGUGUAUUACUUAAAAAACUAAUAAAAAAUGACUCUAAAAAAUGUAAACCAGACAAUCAAAGAGCCAAAGUGAAAAAAAAUUGUAGAUAGUUGGGCCAAUUUGGUUUUGCUUUGUGUGAACAUCCAUAAAAUUAUUACCAGUUGAAGUGAAAAUUAAAUUAAAAUAUUUUGCGAUCAAUACAGGUAAAAAUUAAAAGUAUUAUUUAUUAUAACCACCUCCAAUUUGAAAAUUGUUAGCAUCAAAUAAUAAGUAAGUCAAUUAUUUAUUAAUGAAUAGCAAUUUAUAUGGAAUAUACCGUGUGUUCAAUUUUAAAGUUAACAGGAAAUAUUUCGAACUCAUGACCUUUAAUUUGAUUUGGGUUUUUUUACAGGGUACAGGACAUAAAAAUACAUAUGUUUUUGAUAAAUUCUAAUUUUUAACUUUUUUUAUCUACGCAUGCGCAGUAAAAUAAAAAUUUCUUAAAUAGGAACCACAAUUUUUGACGCUGUAUUUGGAUUGCUCUAUUUUUUUUGAGCAACUUUUAUCUUUACAGUUUUUUGAUAUCUUCAAAAUUGGCAUUUUUAAGACAAUCGUAAAUUUUAAAUUAGGUGAUUUGUAAUUAUAGGUAUUACUAUAAUAAUUUAUUUUAAUUAAAACUACUGGGUGUAUUUAUUAUUACAUCAAAUUUAUAAAAAAAUAUCAUUGGAAUUUAUCGAUAAAUUAUACCUAUAAAUGUGUGAUUAAACUAGAGCGCUGAAAAAUGCGAUGAUUACAAAUUAUUAGGUAUUAAGAGAAUGUCAGCGUAGUAUUUGUUAUCUCUCUAACCCACGCGGAACAUAGCAAAUUUUACAUUCACAAAAAUGAUUAUAACUAUAUUAAUUUCUCAAAUUAGAGUGAAAUGACCUAUUAUAAAAUUUAAAGUUUAGAAUAUUAUCUAGGGAAUCUCGUAGGCGUUUUAUUAUAUUUUUAUUUUAAAGCUAGUUAUGAGUUUUUUAAGAAGUAUAAACAAUUUACAAUUUUGAAAUACUCAUAACUCGCUUUAAAAAAAUAUAUAAUGAAACGCUUAUGAGAUGCCCUAGAUAAUGCUAUUUACUUUAAAUUCUGUAAUAGGACAUUUCAUUCUAAUUUGAGAAAUUAAUAUGAUUAUAGUCAUUUUGGAAUGUAAAAUUUGCUAUGUUGCGCGUGGGUUAGAGAGAGAUAACAAAUACUACGCUGGCGUCCUCUUAAGUACCCGUACUUUUGAAAUAUAAACUUUAUCGCACAGAAAAACUGAUUCAAUUAGCAAUAGUUGUGUAGCCAAUAGCUAUAAACAGAUCGGUAUAAUAAAAUAUAAAUUAGUGGCUUUUAUCUUUUAUAGGAUAUUACACAUUUUCUAUUAGUCUCAUUUUACCUUCAACAACGAUACGAGUAACGAGUGAAACAGUGAACAAGCAAUUCAAUUCUCCAACCAGAAUUUAUAAUUACGGUAGUUACAAUUUCAAAAGUAUUUGGAUUUGGACUCCCACUAUCAAAACAGUUUCAACAAAUUAAUAUUGAUUUAAAAUUGGCCAUGGACUUAGCUCAAGAUACUCUGACCGAGUUAGAAAAUUAUAGAAAACACGCGGAAGAGUACCAACUGUGGCAAAAUAAACUUAAAAAAUUGGAAAUAAAACCAAAAAAUUCAAUUGAUGCACUGAAGUUGUGUAAUGCAGACAUAUAUCCAGGAGUUAAUAAGUUAUUUCAAAUUUUGUCUACACUUCCAAUAUCUACGGCUUCGAACGAACGGACGUUUUCAUCACUAAAAAGAAUUAAAACAUAUCUACGCAAUACAAUAUCUGAGAAAAGACUAAAUUGAUUGGCCAUGUUAAACAUUCACAGGGAAGUUGAAAUUACUGUUGAUGAAGUGAUAGAGGAAUUGGCAAAAAAAUCGAGACGACUGGAAUUAAUUUUUUAACAAUAUGUACUUCAUAUGUAUUAUGUAGUGCUCAAUACAAUAUAUAUAUAAAUAUAAUAUUACAAAAGACUAUACAAUUAUA